AUGUCCUACUUUCCUCCGCAAACGUAUGGGCAAUAUCAAACGCAGUACCCACACUAUCCGUCACAGUACCCCGCGCAGGGACAACCUCUCGCAGGCUAUCCCGUAUAUCCGCCUGGGCAGGCGAAGCCGGCCACGCCACCUCCAGAACCACACACCGCACCUGAACUGUCUGCCGUCUCACCUGAGCUCGCUUCCCAUGCACUCCAAAGACUUGUCUCUGCUGAAUUGCGAGGAAAUGGAUUCGAAACGGCCGAACCGGCGACAUUGAUAAGGCUCGAGCUUGAAGUGGCAGCCUGGGCCGUUUUCACAGUUGUGGAGCGACUGUACGAGCGUGCACACGAUUACGCGAACCUCGCGAACAGAGCUGGGCCUAUUGCGAAGGAUCUAUUGUUCGCGGCAGAGGAGCGUGGUUUUCAGAUGAAGGAGCUUCACCAGUUCGCGAACAAAUCAAAGAGUCGGCAGCAGGUUGUAGGCCCGUUGAGGCUAUUGCCACCGCCGCGGCGUUCUCCCUCGCCGGAAUUAUUGCCUUCUGACGAUGAGAAUGCUCCACCAGUCAUUCCUGCCACUCUUCGGUCAUUACCAUGGGGAGAGCGUCAAUUCCCUGCGUUGCCUCCUAAGCACACAUAUCUCAGGACACCGGUCGUACCACAAAAGAGAACCGCAUUGCCUUCACUGGAGAAGAAGCUGAAGACUGCUGGAUUGGUCCAAGAGUCGUUAAAGAACCUGCUGACAGCGACAGAAGAUAAUACGGGGCAAGAAGAUGGAGAGCUGUUGGGUGCGCUCGUGAAUUGGGAGGCUACCACCCAUCCGCGCAAGCGUUGGAAGCUCAGCGCAUGA